AUGGAAAGACAAGCAGAAACCUCACGAAGGAAGGGGGAAGUGGUCACAGAUCCUUGUCGGGACUGGCUCCAGGGUCUGGGCUCAGGGAUGCAGGCUGCAGGGUUAGAGAGCAGGGCCACAAGAGGGCUUGGUGAUCCAGGAGGCUUCGGAGGGAAGGACACUGGCCUGUGCCUGGAUGAUUCUCCUGCCAAGGACAUCAUCAACUUCCCCUCAGUGCUGCCCGGCAUCCUCUAUGAUGUGAGCCACCAGUGUCGCCUCCAGUACGGGGCCUACUCUGCCUUCUGUGACAACAUGGAUAAUGUCUGCCACACACUUUGGUGCUAUGUCGGGACCACCUGUCACUCCAAGCUGGAUUCGGCUGUGGACGGCACCUGGUGUGGGGAGAACAAGUGGUGUCUCAAUGGGGAGUGGGUACCCAUGGGCUUCCGGCCUGAGGCCCUGGACGGUGGCUGGUCCGGCUGGAGUGCCUGGUCCAUCUGUUCGUGGAGCUGUGGCGUGGCCGUGCAGAGCGCUGAGUGGCAGUGCACGCAGCCUGCGCCCAAAUACAAGGGCAAGUACUGCGUGCGUGAGCGGAAGCGUUUCCGCCUCUGCAACCUACAAGCCUGCCCCUCUGGCCGCCCUUCCUCCUGCCACAUCCAGUGCAGCCACUUUGACAUUAUGCUCUACAAGGGCCAGCUGCACACAUGGGUGCCUGUGGUCAAUGACGUGAACCCCUGUGAGCUGCACUGCCGGCUCUCAAAUGAGUAUUUUGCCAAGAAGCUGCAGGACGCCGUGGUUGAUGGCACCCCCUGCUACCGGGGCAGGGUCAGCUGGGACCUCUGCAUCAAUGGCAUCUGCAAGAAUGUGGGCUGUGACUUGGAGAUUGACUCCGGUGCCAUGGAGGACUGUUGUGGCAUGUGCCACGGCAAUGGCUCCACCUGCCACACCGUGAGCGAGACCUUUGAGGAGGCCGAGGGCCUGCAUAUGGGCCCGUGGCCGGCAGGGUAUGUGGACGUGAGGCUGAUCCCAGCUGGCGCACGUGAGAUCUCCAUACAGGAGGCUGCUAACUUCCUGGCACUGCAGAGCGAGGACCCAAAGAAGUACUUCCUCAAUGGCGGCUGGAUCAUCCAGGGGGACGGGGACUACCAGGUGGCAGGGACCACCUUAACAUACGCACGCAGGGGCAACUGGGAGAAUCUCACGUCCCUGGGUCCCACCAAUGAGCCUGUCUAGAUUCAGCUGCUGUUCCAGGAGAGCAACCCCGGGGUGCGCUAUGAGUACACCGUCCACAGGGAGGCAGAUGGCCAUGGCGAGGUCCCACCGCCCGAGUUCUCCUGGCACUACGGACCCUGGACCAAGUGCACUGUUACCUGUGGCACAGGUGUGCAGAGGCAGAGUGUGUACUGCUCGGAGUGGCAGGCAGGGCCUGUGGACGAGGGGCACUGUGACCGCCUGGGCCAGCCCGAUGACCGCCAGAGGAAGUGCAGUGAGCAGCCCUGCCCUGCCAGGUGGUGGGCAGGUGAGUGGCAGCUGUGCUGCAGCCUCUGCGGGCCUGGGGGUCUCUCACGCCGGGUCAUGCUCUGCAUCCGCAGCAUGGGGCUGGAUGAGCAGAGCGCCCUGGAGCCGCCGGCCUGUGAACACCUUCCCCGGCCCCCGUCUGAAACCCCCUGCAACUGCCACGUGCCCUGUCCGGCCACCUGGGCUAUGGGGAACUGGUCUCAGUGCUCAGUGACAUGCGGGGAGGGCACUCAGCACCGAAGUGUCCUCUGACCCAGUGACACUGGUGUCCCCUGUGACGAGGCCCAGCAGCCAGCCCGCCAUGUCACCUGCUCUUUGCCACCCUGUCUGCAGCCCCUGGACACACUGGUCCCUGAAGGCUCAGGCAGCGGCUCCUCCAGCCACGAGCUCUUCAAAUAGGCUGACUUCAUCCCGCGCUGCCUGGCCCCAUGCUCUUCAGCCUCCUCAGCACCCACGCCAGUCAUGGGCAACGCCAUCGACGAGGAGGCCCUUGAGCUGGACCCGCCUGGGUCCGUAUUUGUGGACGACUUCUACGACUACAAUUUUAUCAACUUCCAUGAGGACCUGUCCUAUGGGCCACCCUUCGAGGAGCCUGAUCUAGACCUGGUGGGGACAGGGGAUGGGACACCCACACCACGCGGCCAUCCUGCUGCAUCCUCCACAGAUAGACCCGUGUCUGCUACAGAGCCUCCUGAAGCCAUGGAGGAAGGGCCACCGGGGCCUUGGUCCCCUAGCUCUUGGCCCAGCCAGGCCGGCCGCUCCCCACCCCCACCCUCAGAGCUGACCCCUGGGAACUCUUUGGUCAAUUUCCUGCCUGAGGAAGACACCCUCACAGGGGGCCCAGACCUUGGGCUCCCCAGCCUGCCCUGGCCCAGGGUUUCCCCUGAUGGCAUGCAGAUGCCUGCCACCCCUGGGAGCCAAAAUGACUUGGUUGGCAAGGACAGACAGCGCCAACUGCCCCCUCCAUGGCGGGACAGGACCAAUGACGUUUCCAAGGACGAUGAGGAACCCGGGGGCUGCGGAACCACCCACCUGCCCCUGAGACCCAGCCCCACACUGCCCCCUUCGUCCUCUGUCAGCAGCACCCACUCCUCUCCUGGUCCUGAUGUAGUGGAGCUGUGGACAGGAGGGACUGUAGCCUGGAAGCCAGCUCUGGAGGGUGGCCUGGGGCCUGGGGACAGUGGGCUGAGGCCCACUGUGGAGGUAGCUCCUCCCCUUUCUCCCAUAGCCCCUCUGCCACAGACGGAAGGCAGGGACAGCCCCCUGCAGCUGGGGACUCCCAACUCCCCAACCCCAGGACCAGGUUCCUGGGACCUGCGGACUGUGGCAGUGUGGGGCACCUUCCUCCCCAUGACCCUGACUGGCCUCGGGCACACACCUGAGCCUGACCCGGGACCCGAGGGCCAGCCUGAGUCCCUCAGCCCUGAGGUGCCCCUGAGCUCUGGGCUGCUGUCCACACCAGCUUGGGACAGCCCUGCAAACAGCCGCAGAGCCCCUGAGACCCAGCCCCCGGCCCCCAGCCUGGCUGAGUCGGGGCCCCCUGUAGACCCACUGGCUGCCAGGAAUGACAGCUGGCAAGCUAGAAACUGGAGCGAGUGCUCCACCACCUGCGGCCUGGGUGCCAUCUGGAGGCCAGUGCGCUGUAGCUCUGGCUGGGAUGAGGACUGCACCCCUGCUGGCUGACCCCAGCCUACCCGCCACUGCCACAUGCGGCCCUGUGCCACCUGGCACUCGGGCAACUGCAGUAAGGUGUGUGAGGGUGGAGCCAGGGCAGGGAGCCCCAGGGCACGGGGCAGAGCCCUGGGUCCCCAUGGCCUGUGUUCCAAGAGCAGCAGGGCGGGGGAGGGCUCCGGGCUGCAC